UCCCCCUAGAAAAGAAUUCAUCAUCAUACUACUUUUCCGAACAACCCAAUACACAUACGAAUGCUGCAGGUGUAAUAGCGAAAAGUCUUUUAUUUGCCCGAAGGUGUGCUCACGUCACGGAAUUUUUACAUUCUUGUAGCCUUGACACGUCACUUCUGUGGCUCUUUACGCUGGCGGCAGCUAAAUUUUUCAUCGGUCGAAUACAUCCAGCACCAAAAUCAAGUGUUGAUGCUGAUUUUCACACGCUAGUGGUUUUUAACUUUUUACUUUAGCAAAAGAAAACAAACAAGGAUGAAUGAUAAGGCUACUUAAAAUCUGAAUUUUUUUUGGAUUACUGAGGAGUCUGUCCAGCAUGUCGCAUCAUAGUGAUGAUGGUAUGCUUAUAGCUGGGAGUGAUAGUUUCUGGGAACCUGGCAACUACAAAAAGACCACCAAGAGAAUUGAGGAUGGGUUUAAACUUUCCAAUGAUAUGAUAACAUUAAUCCAGGAAAGGUGUGAAAUUGAGAAAGUUUUUGCUAAGAGUUUAAAGAACUGGUCCAAAAAAUGGAAUGAAUUAAUUGAGAAAGGUCCUGAAUAUGGUACGACUGAAGCUGCAUGGAAAUCUUCUUUAGUUGAGGCAGAGAGGCGUUGCGACAUGCAUCUCCGUGUAAAAGAUCGCUUGAAUAAUGAUGUCGUCACUCAAAUUAAACAAUGGCAGAAAGAGAAUUAUCAUAAAUCAAUGAUAACUCUUAAAGAACGAAAAGAAAUGGAUGAAGCAUUCAAGAAGGCUCAAAAGCCAUGGGCAAAGUUACUGCAAAAGGUUAAUAAAUGCAAAUCGGAUUAUCAUUCAGCUUGUAAAAAUGAAAGAUCUGCCAUAAAUCAAGAAAGAAAUGCUUCUAGUGAUACUUCACUGUCACCUGAUCAGGUAGUGAAGAAAUUGCAAGACCGUGUGGCUAAAUGUAAAGAUGAGGUUCAAAAAACAAAAGAAAGGUACGAGCAAGGCCUCAGGGAAAUAAAUGACUAUAAUGCUAAGUAUAUGGAAGAUAUGACUGUAGUCUUUGACAAGUGUCAAGAGUUUGAAGAGAAAAGACUUGAUUUUUUUAAAGAAAUGCUUUUUGGAAUUAAUAGUUGCCUUAAUGUAUCUACAGAUCCAGAGCUUCCACAAAUCUAUGAAGAAUUUAGGCACUCUGUUCAAAAUGCAGAUUCUAAUAAAGAUUUAAAAUGGUGGUCAAAUAAUCAUGGUGUUGGAAUGGCAAUGAAUUGGCCUAUUUUCGAGGAAUAUUCUGAAGAGUUCCGUGACAUAGUAGGAAAAAGCAAGAAAGCUCCCUUUCCCGAGAGUGGUAUUAUGCUUGUCAAUCAGCACAGAAUUGGCGAAGAUUUACCUGAAUAUGAUGCUAAUAUUCAUAAUGUGUCAAAGAAAGAAAAAAAGAAUGAUGGAGGAAUAACAUUAAAUAAUAUACACAAUAAUGCAACCAAGAAUGGCAACGAGGAGAAAAAUGUGUCAAAUAGAAAUUCUGGCCUUAGCACAAAUGGUCAACAAGAUAAUAAUCCAUUUGAUGAUGAUCAAGAAGAUUGGGAGGAUGGUAGUAAUGAUGCUUUAGUUGAUAAUGGUGAACCUGGUACACCUGUCAAAGCACUCUAUGACUAUGAUGGUGCAGAAGCUGAUGAGUUAUCUUUCAAAGCAGGAGAGGUGUUUGACAAGCUAGAAGAUGAAGAUGAGCAAGGUUGGUGCAAAGGACGCAAGAAUGGUCGUGUAGGACUUUACCCAGCGAAUUAUGUUGAAUCUGUUAGCAAUUGAACUAAAACAAAAAAUAACAAUAUUGUCUUGGAAUUUAAUAUGAAUUUGAAGAAAGUUAACAGUUAUUUUCUUUUGAAAUGCCACACCUUAUCCAAUUAUAAAUUUUUUUUUAAA